AUGGCAGACAUUCAAACCGUUAUCAGAAGAGUCACCUCUGUAACCAACCACCUCAUUUCCACUCCAACACCACCACAACCUCAGCUAAUUUCUUCAUGCCACACUUCAAGUUCCACAAAUAAUCAUAGCUACCAACGAGUUCAUGGAAAUGUUCCCUCGAAUGAUGUUGUCUGGAAGGUUGCUUCUGAUCAUGAAGGGAAGGCUUUCACUGACAUUGUAUAUGAGAAAUCCGUUGGUGAAGGAAUAGCAAAGAUUAGUAUUAAUAGGCCGGAGAGAAGGAAUGCUUUUCGACCUCAUACCGUUAAGGAGCUUAUUCGCGCUUUCAAUGAUGCUAGAGACGAUCCUUCUGUUGGUGUCAUCAUUCUCACUGGAAAGGGAACCGAUGCAUUUUGUAGUGGUGGUGACCAAGCGUUGAGGACCGAAGAUGGUUAUUCUGAUUAUGAAAAUAUUGGUCGCCUUAAUGUGUUAGACUUGCAGGUGCAGAUUCGCCGCCUUCCGAAACCAGUGAUUGCAAUGGUUGCAGGGUAUGCUGUUGGAGGAGGACAUGUACUACAUAUGGUUUGUGAUCUAACCAUCGCAGCAGAUAACGCCGUCUUUGGCCAAACUGGUCCUAAGGUUGGAAGUUUCGAUGCUGGUUACGGAAGUUCUAUCAUGUCGCGUUUGGUAGGUCCAAAAAAAGCGCGCGAAAUGUGGUUUCUUGCAAGGUUUUACUCUGCUGUUGAAGCAGAGAAAAUGGGCCUUAUCAACACUGUUGUACCACUAGAGAAUUUAGAGAAAGAAACAAUCAAAUGGUGUAGGGAGAUACUCAGAAACAGCCCGACUGCAAUUCGGGUUCUCAAGGCAUCUAUUAAUGCGGUGGAUGAUGGGCACGCUGGACUUCAGGAAAUGGGUGGAAAUGCAACACUGAUAUUUUAUGGUACUGAGGAAGCAAAUGAAGGAAAAACUGCGUAUAUGGAGCGUAGACGCCCGGAUUUUUCGAAGUUUAAUCGAAGACCAUAA